CCAAGAGGGUGCAAGCUCGCAGGCUGGACGGCAUUGACCACAACCCGUGACUCCCCUGAUGCACGCAUUUCGUGUUGUGCAAGGAUCUCCCACCUCCGUCCUGCUCUCUGAUGGUGUUCGGGACAGAAGGAGCCAAGCCCCAAAGCCCUGUAGUAUCCAAGCUUCCUCUCUGUUGGGGGCCCCCAGGGUCCUGCUUCUCAGGCUACCGCCUUCAGUCUGUCUGAGGGAGGCUGGGCGGCCCCGUGGGCUUUGGCACAUAGGGUAGAGUCCGCCUUGGAGGGAGGAAAUGACAGGGAGGCACCUGGGAGAGGCAGCAGUACUCUUUCCUGACUCACAGACCUGGCCGACUCUUGAACCCAACAUGCCCACUAUAUAGAAGGGGAGACUGAGGCCAGAAGAGGCCAAGUCUUAUGCAAAGGGUGGAGUUUGUCAAAAUGGCCAGUGAAUGCGAUGCUGUGAACUUGGGCCAAGGCUUCCCCGACUUCCCACCCCCAGACUUCGCUGUGGAAGCCUUUCGGCACGCCCUCAGCAGUGACUUCAUGCUGAACCAGUACACCAAGGCAUUUGGCUACCCACCCCUGACGAAGAUGCUGGCAAGUUUCUUUGGGAAGCUGCUGGGACAGGAGAUAGACCCGCUCAAGAACGUGCUGGUGACUGUGGGUGCCUAUGGGGCCCUGUUCACAGCCUUCCAGGCCCUGGUGGAAGAAGGAGACGAGGUCAUCAUCAUUGAGCCCUUUUUUGACUGUUAUGAACCCAUGACAUUGAUGGCGGGGGGACGUCCUGUGUUCGUGACCUUGAAGCCGGGUCCCACUCAGGAAGGGGAGCUGGAUUCCAGCAGCACCUGGCAGCUGGACCCCACAGAGCUGGCCAGCAAGUUUUCCUCGCAUACCAAAGCCCUAAUCCUCAACACCCCCAACAACCCUCUGGGAAAGGUGUUCUCCAGGGAGGAACUGGAGCUAGUGGCCAGCCUGUGCCGCCAGCAUGACGUGAUAUGCAUCACCGACGAGGUCUACCAGUGGCUGGUCUAUGACGGCUACCAGCACGUCAGCAUCGCCAGUCUUCCUGGCAUGUGGGAGCGCACCCUGGCCAUCGGCAGCGCUGGCAAGACCUUUAGUGCCACUGGCUGGAAGGUGGGCUGGGUCCUGGGCCCCGACAGCCUCAUGAAACACCUGCGCACGGUCCAUCAGAACUCUAUCUACCACUGUCCCACGCAGAGUCAGGUGGCAGUCGCCCGGAGCUUUGAGCACGAGCAGCUUCACUUUGGCCAACCCGACAGCUACUUCGUGCAAUUCCCACAGGCCAUGCAGCACGCCCGUGACCACAUGAUACACAGCCUGCAGUCUGUGGGCUUGAAGCCUGUGGUCCCCCAGGGCAGCUACUUCUUCAUCGCAGACAUCUCAGACUUCAAGAGCAAGAUGCCUGACUUGCCUGGGGAAGUGGAUGAGCCCUACGACAGACGCUUUGUCAAGUGGAUGAUCAAAAACAAGGGCUUGGUGGCCAUCCCGGUCUCCGUCUUCUACAGCGUGCCCCAUCGGAAGCUCUUUGACCACUACAUCCGCUUCUGUUUUGUGAAGGAUGAGUCCACGCUCCAGGCCAUGGACGAGAAGCUGCAGAAAUGGAAGAAUGAACUCGGGCCCUGACAUCGCCCACUCGGCCCCGCCCCCCCCCAGUUGUUGCAGGUUCCACUUUGUCCGGGUUCCAGCCGUUCCCAGGUUGGGCGUAGAUGGAGCGGGGGGCCCCUCCUCUGUGACACAGGAUGUUCCCAGGCAAGAGCCCUCUUUCUUGAUCUUGGUGGAUUUGGGAACACUGCCACAGUGCCUGUAUUCCUGUCGUGGUGGUGACUUGGACCUGACCUGGGCCUCUCCCUGCUCCUCCCCGGGUCGGAUCAUAGAGCCCGGGCCCCUCUGUAUUUCCCGCAGUCUUGCCUGAGGCUCAACGGUUAGAAGGCAACAGUGUGGUGGCCUUGAGUCCCAGCCCUGCUGUAGCCCCAGCCAAGGUUUUAGCAUCCCUCCCUUUCCUUAUUUAACCUUCACUUUGGGAAGCUGUCUUUAGGCUUGAGUCCUCAAACCAGUACUUUUCACCCAUAAUAAAGUUUUAAGUUAUUUAGACCCUUA